AUGGGGAGGAUGCAUCUUAGUCAGGUCUCGCACCGAGCUAAAGAAUCAGGAAGCGAUUCGACGGGGCUUGGACGGUGGGCUUAUGUUCGUCUUCAAGGAAAAAAGCUGAAGACACAGGGGGGUGAUGAUCCCUCCGGCUUGGUGCUAGACGUAAACAAGGCGGUCCGACGCUCGAUUUCACGUGAUCUAGUGAUUGUCUUGGCAUAUAGGCCAAACAGAGAAGGUACAGGGGAAUCGACCGUGUGGGCCCAACAACGUCUAUACUUUAACUCUAUAAAACGUAAGAUUGAUCCGCGCAAAACAUUGGUCGAUGACCUGUGCAAGCAAAUUCAAAAAUGGAGGGACGAGGGUUGUGAAGUUUUGCUGGGGAUCAAUGCUAAUGAAGACCUUUCGGUCAACUCCCCGGACUCCAUACAACAGCGGUUUCGUGAGUGCGGAAUGGAGGAAGCGAUUUUGAAACGGCAUCCCCCCACACCGACCCACCAACGAAAUCAAAGCAACGUUCCCAUUGACGGAAUCUUUACCACUUCAGGUGUUCCGGUUCUGGCUGGUGGCUACUACGCAUUUGGUGAAUUUGUUGAAUCAGACCACAGGGCACUAUGGAUUGAUAUCGACUUGAACACAGCUUUGGGCAAUUUCACCUCCCAGGGGUCUACCUUUAAACCUCGGAAGCUCACCCUUUUGGAUAAGCGGUCGGUCAAACGCUAUGGCGUAGGUCUGAUUCGCCUUGUCCAACAUGCUUUGGAAGCGAGACCUAUCGCAGUUGUAGAAAAAUGCGCUUGCCUUGAAUGUGUCCAAAACUUCUUUCUUGAACUUGUCUUGGAGCGCCUUGA